AUGGUGCCUUUGGGUACGCAACAUUCUUCUGGAUCGUUGCCUUCAUCUUUAAAUACUUCAAGCAGUUCAGCAAAAUCUUCCAGAUCUAGCGUUAAACCAAAUUACACUUUAAAAUUUACUCUAGCAGGUCACACAAAAGCAGUAUCAUCAGUAAAAUUUAGUCCUAAUGGAGAAUGGUUGGCAAGUUCUUCUGCUGAUAAAUUAAUAAAAGUUUGGGGAGCAUAUGAUGGAAAAUUUGAAAAAACAAUUUCUGGGCACAAGCAAGGAAUAUCUGAUGUUGCAUGGAGUAGCGAUUCAAGAUUACUCGUUUCAGCAUCAGAUGAUAAAACAUUGAAAAUAUGGGAAUUGAGCUCGGGAAAAUGCUUAAAAACAUUAAAAGGACAUAGCAAUUAUGUUUUCUGUUGUGAUUUCAAUCCUCAAUCGAAUUUAAUUGUAAGCGGAUCAUUCGAUGAAACAGUUAAAAUUUGGGAUGUGAGAACUGGAAAAUGUUUAAAAACAGUACCUGCUCAUUCUGAUCCAGUGUCAGCUGUUCAUUUUAAUAGAGAUGGUUCUUUAAUUGUGUCAAGCAGUUAUGAUGGACUUUGUCGAAUUUGGGAUGCGCCUUCAGGUCAAUGUCUUAAAACUCUCAUUGAUGCAGACAAUCCUCCAGUAUCAUUUGUUAAAUUUUCACCCAAUGGAAAAUAUCUUUUGGCCGCAACACUUGACAAUACCCUUAAACUUUGGGAUUAUUCACAAGAAAAAUGUUUGAAGACGUACACGAGUCAUAAAAAUGAAAAAUAUUGUAUAUUUGCUAAUUUUUCCGUGACCGGAGGAAAGUGGAUCGUGUCCGGAUCCGAAGAUAAUAUGGUCUAUAUUUGGAAUCUCCAAACAAAAGAAGUCGUUCAGAAACUUCAAGGACACACAGAUGUUGUUUUAUGCACGACGUGUCAUCCAACAGAAAACAUAAUCGCAUCGGCUGCUUUAGAAAAUGACAAAACUAUAAAAUUAUGGAAAAGCGAUACUUAA